CGGGGCCGCUGACCGAGCGACGCGGCUGCACCGCAGCUCCUGCCCGGGCCUGGCCGGUGGGCGGCAGCGGGCCCGAGCGCCCCGGGGCGCGGCCCGACGGCAUGAAGGACCUGGACGCCAUCAAGCUCUUCGUGGGCCAGAUCCCGCGCCACCUGCACGAACAGGACCUCAAGCCACUGUUCGAGCAGUUCGGCCGCAUCUACGAGCUGACGGUGCUCAAGGAUCCGCACACCGGCGUGCACAAAGGUUGUGCCUUCCUCACAUACUGCGCCAGGGACUCCGCCAUCAAAGCUCAGACUGCUUUGCACGAGCAGAAGACCCUGCCGGGGAUGGCGCGGCCGAUCCAGGUGAAGCCGGCGGACAGUGAGAGCCGUGGAGGUAGGGACCGGAAGCUGUUCGUGGGCAUGCUCAAUAAGCAGCAGUCGGAGGAAGAUGUGCUCAGGCUCUUCCAACCCUUCGGUGUCAUCGACGAGUGCACAGUGCUGCGCGGACCCGACGGCAGCAGCAAAGGCUGCGCCUUCGUGAAGUUUUCUUCCCACACAGAGGCGCAGGCCGCCAUCCACGCCUUGCAUGGCAGCCAGACCAUGCCGGGAGCCUCCUCCAGCCUGGUGGUCAAGUUCGCCGACACGGACAAAGAGCGGACCCUGAGGCGCAUGCAGCAGAUGGUUGGCCAGCUGGGCAUCCUGACCCCGUCCCUCACCCUGCCCUUCAGCCCCUACAGUGCCUACGCCCAGGCUCUCAUGCAGCAGCAGACCACAGUGCUGUCCACCUCCGGCAGCUACCUGAGCCCCGGCGUGGCCUUUCCUCCCUACCAUAUCCAGCAGAUUGGCGCUGUCAGCCUUAACGGUCUGCCUGCCACGCCCAUCGCCCCUGCCUCCGGACUGCACUCGCCCCCACUGCUAGGCACUGCCGCUGUUCCUGGCCUGGUGGCACCCAUUCCCAAUGGCUUCCCAGGCGUCCUGCCCUUCCCUGGGAGCCACCCUGCCUUGGAGACCGUCUAUGCCAAUGGCCUCGUCCCCUACCCAGCUCAGAGCCCCACUGUGGCAGAGACCCUACAUCCUGCCUUCUCUGGAGUCCAGCAGUACACAGCCAUGUACCCCACCGCGGCCAUCGCGCCAGUGGCGCACGGCGUCCCGCAGCAUCCGCACCUCCUGCAGCAGCAGCGUGAAGGUCCCGAAGGCUGUAACCUGUUUAUCUACCACCUCCCCCAGGAGUUUGGAGACAUGGAGCUGACGCAGAUGUUCCUCCCCUUCGGCAAUAUCAUCUCCUCCAAGGUGUUUAUGGAUCGGGCUACCAACCAGAGCAAGUGUUUCGGAUUCGUGAGCUUUGACCACCCGGCCAGCGCGCAGGCGGCCAUCCAGGCCAUGAACGGCUUUCAGAUCGGUAUGAAGAGGCUGAAGGUGCAGCUGAAGAGACCCAAAGACCCAGGACACCCGUACUGACCAUGCCCACAGCCCCUCCGCGCUGUGGGCCUGGCCCCAGGUGAGCCGCCAGGCGGCCCUGUGCCCUGCCCAGCCCUGGUAUCAUCUAACUAACCGUCCUCCUAUCCCAAGCUCACUCUCCCAAUCCUGGGGGCGGGAGUGAUGCACCAGGAGGCCACCUGGGGAUAAAACCCUCCCCCAUCACCUUGCGGCUUGGGUGGCCCAGAGGGUGGAGAGGAAGCUAGGCGCUCCCACCAAGGGGGCUUCCCAGGGAAAGUUCACUCCAGAGGUGGGUUUGUGGGUCUGGGGUGCAGAGUGUGGUGGAGCUUCUAGCCAGUCCUCUGAAGCUGUUCCCCAGCCGAGAAGCUCUAAAACAGAGAGGAGACGUUCAACACACACUCAGGUCUGGGUUCCUAGGUCUUGACCUUGGAAUGUUUGGCCCAGAACUGAAGCAGAGGAGAUGGGGACCCCCUAUGUCACAGCCUUCUAGUCCCCCACCUCUGUCCCCACCAGCUCCCACAGCCCUGUCUUCUAAUUUCAUGUCCAUUGCGUUAACAAAUCCCAGAGCGUAUGCCACUCACCAACUCGCAAAACAAACAAAAAGCCAGAUCUGCCCCAAACAAACAAAAUCCCAAAUUCCAGUUCCCAUCAAAGCCACAUUCUCAGCACGUCUCUGGGACUGAACAAAUACGAGGCAGCAUCACCUGUACACGGUCUCAUGGAGGUGACAGCUCGGCCACCUCAUACAGCCCAGGAAUACGUUCGUUUCUUUCUUUCUUUUUUUUUUUUUUUCUAACCACCUCGCCCAGGGUCUGGUAGAGCUGAGCAGUCUUUAGUCCUUCAGUGUUUUUGUUUGUUAUCUGGGUUUUGGGGUUUUAUUUAUUUUAUUUUAGUUUCCAUUAGGAAACCAGUCAAUCAGGAACAAAUCCCCAGGACAUCUGCCAGGUCUUCACUUUUCACCCAGUGUCCUGGGCUAAAUGUCCCCAAACUGAUGGUGACUGUCAGAAACUGUGGUUUUGAAAACACUGGGGUUUUCUUGCCAGGACAAAUGGGGCAGGGUGUUCUGUACCCCACUCCCCUCCCUUCCACUGUUCCCUAAUGCCCCCCCCCCACAUCCUCCCUGGGUUGAGUGGUUCUGCUUCCAACUACCCCAGGACAUUUAUGUAAAUUACAGCCAAGUUUGAACACCAGCCCUCCCAGUGACUCCCCCUUCCCCAUCUGUCUCCCUACAUAGGCCCCCCCAAUUCCAAAGCCACCAAGAGCCACAUGGGGCACAAAAUGUCUCACGGCAUGUCAUGGGGGGGGGACAGGAGUCUUGAGCCCGGGUCUGAGGGGUCCAUACACUGCCAAUCUCCACCCGCCCCUGGACUCGGGAACACACCCCCCGUCAGACUCGGUGGCUUUCCAGGCCAGCUAGUACCCCCUUAGCCAGAACCCCACUCCCCGUUCCCUGUAGCUGCGUGUGAGAACACACAGCAUAGACUAUGUAUUUUUGGAGUAUGAACCACAGGGGCCAAACAGCUCUGAGCCGGCCACGCAUGGGACCAAGGACAGAAGAAGAGGCCGGCCGGCUGGAGGCCGCCCCACCCCCGGACGCCAAACCAGGACCCUGCCAACACCAUAUACCUCCAGUUCUUGGGGUCCCCACGGCUGCUACCACCUCCCGCGUCUAGGGCUCCCCUCCACACACACCCUUCCCGCUUUCACAGCCUUACUUGGGUGACCAGGUGUCCUUAGCUUCCCACUGGGGAAGCCUCCUGCCCCCAGAUUGCCUGCCAAGUGUCCCCUCCCACCGCCCCCAGGUGCUCCCCACUGCCUCCAGCUGUUCCUCCCAUGUCCCCCACGGCCCCCGUGCCCCCGACUGUCCUUCAGGUGCCCCCUCCCCCAUCCUCCAAUCACCAGCCUUGAACUGAAGGUCUCUACCGAGGUCGCCCCAAGUCGGUCGGACGUGGCCACACAGACCGCCAGACCUGGUUGCUGGCACCGUGGAUCUACACUCUGAUUUAUUUUCUUUCAUUUUUGCUUGUGGUCCUUUUCAAGACCACAAGGAAGGGCGGGGGGUGGGGAGACUCACUAAUAAUCCGCUUCUGUUUCCUAGCUGGGGGAUUGGGAAGACUUUGGUGGGGAGCCCCCCUGUAUAUUACCCCCUGCCCACGCACGCACCCACUGCUAAGCACAGAAUCCUUAGUUUGGACAUCCCACCAUGGGGAGGGGAGUCCGGAUCCCUUCCGACGUGUCCAAAAGCAAAACAGAAGAGAUUUUAAAAAAAUAAGGUUAAAAAAUGCAAAAACAGAUUUUUUCAAAAAAAAAAAAACUUUUUGUUUCUACCAACAUGUUUGUUGACUUAGCCAAAACAAAGGGGAAAAAAGUAAAAAAAAAAAAAAAAAAAAAAAAAAAAAAAAGAAAUCCCCUCCCCGAUUCUGCCCACCUUGUUUCGCGUCCCGGUUCUGAACAUUCCUACAGUGAGACUGUGUUCCGUCCACGUGCGAGUGUGGCCCCAGGGUCACCCGCAGAGUGCGUGUGGCGUGCGCUGGCGUGCGCACCGUCAUUCAUGUUUACGAGCUGUAAAUACAUUUUUAUACUCCACUCGAGAGACCCUAUGUGAUUUGUACGACGGCCUUUAUUUCUGGUACAAUGAAUUUCGUGAAAUCUCAACUUCAGACUGAAUUUUGGAGACAGCAGAGAGAGGAUGGGGGCGGUGGAGGGUGGAGAGGAUAUAUGGGCGCUAGUCCCCCUGCCUUCUGUUUGUGUGCGGAGGAGCUAGGUCUCAACGUCAAAUCACCUCUCUUUGGUCUGAAAAAGAAAACAAAAAAGCUAAAAAUUUAUUUAAUAAAAGUUUUACUUGUUAGCAGCGAUUCUCUCUCCCCGUGUUUUCCUGUGUGUGGCACUGUCUGGGCCUGAGUAACAGCCCAGUGUGUGAAUAAAAGACUCUUAUGAGCUGCUUCAUGCUGGCGC